ACAGCAACAGCAGACGAAACAACACACUGCCCCUACGACCACGACCACGACCAGCACCAGCACUAGCACCACCAGCAGCAGCACCAGCAGCAUAUCUCUCCCACGCACACACGCACAACCAUCCGCCAGCCCUUCCGCCGCCGCCGCAGCCGCCGCAACCCCAAUGCCCUCCAAAAACAUCAUCGGCACGCCUCUGAAAAAGCUCUGGUACACAUGGCGGUCCCACCGGUUCCCAUGGCGGAAGACCUACUUCAUCGGAAUGGACCUCAGCGGCAACACAUUCUGGGAAUACCGCGACCGGCUAGCCGCGCACCGUCCGCGUCGGAGCGUAACCUUCUCCGACCCCAAUCUCGACUGGGUAGACUACGCCUCUGCCGUCUCUCCAGCAUGGCACCAAUGGCUUCGGGCGACGCGGGUAUCCGCGCCCACAAUCGAGGAGCAGCGCGAGGAUACGCGGCGCCAGGAGGUGCUGGCGGUUAAUGCGGCCCGCGCCGAUGCACGCUGGGAGGCAAUGCCGAGUCUGGUUAAUGCCCCGCCGCAUCCGCCGAGGGACUCUGUCAUUGAGAGUAAUACUAAGUUUGCGAAUGAUUCGGGGUUGCAGAGGCCUGGGGGUGGGGGUGGCGGGCAGGGCGUGGGGAGGGGGGAGGUCGGCGCGGAGGUGGGAGGGAAGGAUAUCGAGGGACACAGGGAGGCGGGGGAAAAGGCAAGUAGCCCGCAUGGGUUGAGGGGAGAUAAGGAUCCGUGGGCGGAGGCGGAGAUCGGCAGGGCUAGGGGGUUUAAGCAGGGCGAGUGGGAUCCGAAUGCCAAUCUACCCCGCGUUAGGAGUCGCGGGAGGAGUGAUAGGUAGGUGAUGAGUGAGUGAACUGUCGCCUACCGACUCACUCACUCACUCACUCACUCAC